UCGUCAGCCAGCAAGAGCUGGAGAUGUUACUUUGUUACGCCCUCGCGCAGUGACGUCAUCGGCAUCUGGCGGGAGUUACAGCUCUUCAAACUCCAUCACGCGUCCAUACCUUGCGUAUUGUUCUUUUCAAUUCUGCUUCUUUUAAAGACUCGUUUUAUUUGUGGAAAUGAUUGGACAGAAAAGUAUCACGUCAUUUUUUUCGCCCAUGUCCAAAAAAAGAGAUCUGGACGAGAUACGAACACAGAGUACAACCACAUACACUAAAAUGUCUCAGGGCAAGAAACGGAAGUUGAGUCCCGAGCAGCUGCAGCGGAUCUCCAGGAAGAAGGCGGCGGCGCUGGAGAGGCUCGCCGGGAAACAGGCUCUCCCGAGCGGCUUCGGAGAGAGCUGGGAGGCGGCGCUCAGCGCGGAGCUCGGGAAGCCCUACUUUAGAUCAUUAAUGUCAUUUGUUGCUGAGGAGAGGCAGAAGCACACCAUCUACCCUCCUCCAGAUGAGGUUUUUACCUGGACACAAGAAUGUGACAUAAAAGAUGUGAAGGUUGUGAUACUUGGCCAGGAUCCUUACCAUGGAGCGAGCCAGGCUCAUGGGCUUUGUUUCAGCGUGCAGAGACCUGUGCCUCCUCCACCGAGCUUGGUGAACAUCUUCAAGGAGCUGGCUUCAGACAUCGAAGGCUUCGAGCAUCCCGGUCAUGGAGAUCUGUCAGGAUGGGCCAAGCAAGGAGUUCUGUUGCUGAACGCGGUGCUGACGGUGCGCGCUCACCAGGCCAACUCUCACAAGGACAAGGGCUGGGAGACGUUCACUGAUGCUGUGAUACACUGGCUCAGCACUCACACGCAGGAUCUGGUCUUCAUCCUCUGGGGCGCGUACGCUCAGAAGAAGGGGGCUGCCAUCGACAAGGAGCGGCAUCACGUUCUGCAGACGGUGCACCCCUCUCCACUGUCUGCUCACCGAGGCUUCUUCGGAUGCAAGCAUUUCUCACAGACCAAUCAGCUGCUGAGGAAAUCAGGAAAGAAGCCCAUCGACUGGAAGGCUCUGUGAUCGUUUCCAUUCGUGGCUGUAGAUGGAAUGCUGUUUGUCCCGUUUCAGAAAUAAACUUUGUUUUUUAAUGUUCAUUUCCUGCACUAAAAAUAUCCACAUGCCCGUUCUGAAUACAAAUGUGUUUCUGGAGCAGGUAGACUGUUCAUUUAUCUGUCCAUUUCCCAUCUAGUUUUUCCUGUUUUCAUUUCGGAUGUUAUCGAUGUCGUAUUAAAUGUACAACACUAACAGUGCAUGUUUUUGUGUUUGUGUCUAAUAAACUAUUUUUCUACAGAA